AUGUGCGCACGCCUCUAUUUAAACGGUGAUGGCAUUGGCAAAGGAACACACAUCUCAAUCUUCUUUGUUGUCAUGCGCGGUCAUUAUGACGCGUUACUCCGCUGGCCGUUCAGACAGAAGGUCACCUUCAUGUUGCUCGAUCAAGAUAACGUGGAACAUAUGAUCGACGCCUUCAGGCCUGAUCCGAGUAGCUCCUCCUUCCAGAGGCCAAGAAGAGAAACCAACAUCGCCAGUGGAUGUCCAAUGUUCUGUUCCCUUGCUGAACUGAACAACCAUGCGUAUGUUCGGGAUGACACGAUGUUUCUGAAGAUCAUUGUGGAUACAUCUGAUCUGUAA